GCCUGUCAACGAACCCAAUUUGGUCCCGUCUACACUCCAUACACUACACCGUGACCUGAGCAUUGUUCCAACACUACCUUGGUAUUUUCAUCCCACCCGUUCGUGAAGUCUCAUCUUUUUGUUCUCUUUCCGAUCUCGACUCUCGCCGCAUCCUUCCCUUAGCGCCGCCCAAUGAGCUACAUGUAGAAUACGACCGACACCUUUUGCUAUUUUCUCGAGCGUGUGCAGCGCGCACUCCCAUUUCGUCAUCCGUCCACUUUCCCAGCGAACCCCGUUUUGAGCCGAGGCACAAUGUCCAGCACCGCUCUCGAGAGCCUCAAGGCCUACGUCGAACAAAUAAUUCUUGACCCCAAGAAUCGCGACAUUCUUGCCAUUGUCAAGGGUGCUCGCAAUGGCGCCGUCUACGGAGCCAAGGUGCGGUUUCCGCACGCGCUGGUCAUGAUGCUCCUAUUCCGAUCGGGGACUCUCCGUGAAAAAGCAAAACUCAUCUUCCGCGCGACGAAAACCCACGCUACCAAUCUGGCAAAGUUCGCGACCAUAUACAAGACCGUCUGCUAUCUUCUACGACAUUACGGGACAACGCCUGGCAAGGAAGGUCCAUAUGAUAGCUUCUUCGCCGGUCUCCUCGGAGGCUACGUCGUCUUCGGUCAGCGAUCGCGAAAGGGUAAAAUCCCGAGCGUCAACCAGCAAAUCGUCGUCUACGUCUUUGCGCGCGUGGUGCUGGCACUAGCCCGCCUGGCCGUCAAGCCCGGGUAUGGAUUGCCGGGCGUGUCCGAGCCCAACAACAGCACCGCUAUCAGUCAUUAUGCUUGGCCGGUAUUUGCAGCUGUGUCAUGGGCUAGCGUCAUGCACCUGUUUAGGUGGCAUGAUGCCGAGCUGCAACCGAGUCUACGCAGUAGCAUGGUGUACAUUUACAGAGACGCGGAUACCUGGGAUGGGUUGCGCAACUUCCUUUGGCAUAAUAAAUAAGCGCGGCUCUACGUCCUGGAACAUUGUUGGGAUAUCACACGGGUCGGUUACUGCAUUUCAUCUUUACAUAUACUAAUCGGCGCACAUAUGGCUGGCUUUGGAUCGCCAACCAAGAGGUCAAGAUGGUCAUUGUAUGUUUUUUCAUUAUUUUCUUCCCAGCAUAGGGAGUGGUUUGGAUUACUGGGUGGACUUAGCGCUUGCAAGGGAAUUAAACAGGCUUUUGGACUCGGCAAUGCCAGUAACCAUGUCAAUGUGUUGCUAGGUGGUUCGAUAAUCACGCGUAUCCCUCGUCUGUCUAUUUGUAGUGCAGGAUGCACUGCAUAGGUACCUACAUCUCAGCAGCAUCUACAUACCUCU